UAGGUGUCGACUUAUCCGGUCUUCUUUUAACAGAGACCAGUGAAGACAGUUUUAAAAGUUUAACAGCGACACACUGACGCAGUUUGUUCUUUAUGUAUUUAUUUUUUCUCCUCCCCUUAAAAAAAAGUUAAUUAGGACUUGGAGGUGGUGAGGGGGGACGGGACUUGCUGGCUCCUUUUUCACGCGCUUUGUGCGCGCCGCAGCUGGAGCACCUGAGUCCGCAGCUGCCGGCAUGACUUCAGCUCCUCCGUGGCUCUGAACUAUCAUGGUGACUUUAUUAUCCAGCGGACGCGGACCUGCUGUGGAGAAGCUCGGGGAGGAAUGGCUGGAGUCCGGGUGUCGGCGCGGGGGAGCCGCUGUGGCUGCGCUGCGGAGCCAGCCGGGAUCUGACGCAGCGCAGCAGACCGGGAUGCAAGAAGAGCAACCCUGAGAGAGACAAUCUCCCCUUUUUCUUUUUCUUUUCUUUUUUAACUGGAUUCAAACAGGGGGCCACAUAUUAAGUCAUGGCCUCUGAAAUGGUGUGCGGGCUGAUCUUCAGGCUGCUGCUGCCCUUAUGUCUUGCAGCUGCUUGCCUGUUCCGGUACAAUGUCCUGUCCUUCAUCUACCUCAUCUAUCUCCUGCUUAUCCCACUCUUCCCGGAGCCCUCAAGCACGACAAUGCAAGGCCACACAGGGCGCCUGCUGCAGUCCCUCUGCUUCACCAGUAUGUCCUUCCUGCUUCUCCACAUCAUCUAUCAGAUUACCGUCAACAGCCUCCUGGCCGGGAACUCCAUCUCCUCCAACUUCAGCUGUUCGUCAUGGGAGCGCUCCAUACGACAAAUCGGCUUUGAGAGCGUGAUCGGUGCGGAUGCAGGGAACGGCAUCCGAGUGUUCAUCCCUGACAUCGGCAUGUUUGUGGUGGGCUUGGCCAUCUGGUUGCUGUGCCGCAGUUUGGUCCAGAAGAGGCCGCCUGAGGACAUGGCCCAGUACAACGCAGACUUCGAGGCAGAGGAGCAAGAAGAAGAGGAGAAGCUGAGCCUGGAUGACAACAUCCUGCUGGAGGAGGACCUUGAAGCAGGCUACGAAGCUGAGGAGGAUGAAGAGAAUGAAGACUUCUAUGAGGAGGAAGAGGAGGAGGAGGGGGAGGAAGAGGAGGAGGAAGAAGAGGAGAAAGAGAGCACAAAGAUGAAGAUUCUGCGACUGGUUGCGGAGGUGGCGUCCAAAGUGAAGGAGAGCAUCGGCAACUUGAUCACCACGGCAGGGAAAGUAGUGGUCACCAUCUUGCUGGGCUUAACAGGCAUCAUGCUGCCCUCGCUGACCUCUUUUGCUUACUUCUCCCUCUUCCUGUUCCUGUGCACCUGGUGGUCCCUCUGUCGGACCUUCAACACGCUCAUCUUCAGCUGCAUGUGCGUUCUGAUGGCCAUCUACAGCUCCGGACACAUCAUUGUGCUCUACCUGUACCAGUUCCAGUUCUUUCAGGAGUCGGUCUCACCCAACGACACUUACGUCAGUGUGUUUGGCAUCUCCCCCAUUAUCAGGAGCAACUGCUCCUGCACGUGGAAGCUCACCGUGCACCCGGAGCGUAAGUGGUACCACUUUGUCAGUCCCAUCAUGCUGCUGAUUCUUUAUUACACCCUGGCUACACUCAUCCGCCUCUGGCUGCAGGAGCCCAUCGACCAGUUGAUGGACGACAAGGAUGACGAAAUGUUUGAGGAGGAGGAGGAACAAUGCGGAAACAAUGCGAACAACUCAGCCAGCAGGAUGAAGCAGCUUUGGUGGGGGGGGUCGCGCCAGAGCACAGACGAGAAAAAUCUCCUCUCCACCCAGGAUGGCAUCAGUACAACUGAGGUUGUGCCCACCUCAAAUGGGACGUCCUUUGACUUCGUUGCGACGGAGAACGGACCCGUAUGUUUGGACUUGUACUCCACACCGCAGUAUAAAACGGACAAGUCCGCUGACGGUGCAGAGAAGGGAGAAGAGUGUGUGUAUGAAGUGUGUUUGCCGCCAGAGGAUUCAGUGUUGAAGGAGUCUGAAGAUGAAGAAAACGAUAUAAAGAAAAAAGGUGUUGGUGCAAUGGUGAAGGUCUUCCACUUCGUCAUGAAGCAGAGCUACAUCUGUGCUCUCAUAGCCAUGAUGGCAUGGAGCAUCACGUAUGUCAGCUGGCUGACGCUCGUCUUCCUCCUCUGGUCGUGCAUCCUGUGGAUGGUGAGGGACAGGAGACACUACGCCAUGCUGUCGUCCCCCUUCAUGGUGGCGUACGGCAACCUGCUGAUAGUGCUGCAGUACAUCUGGACCUUUGAGAACAUGAAGCCCAUCUCGGGAUUCUUCGUCACGAAGAAUAACCCGUUCCACUCACUCUCAUCGAAGAUGCUGUGCAUGCUGAGCUUCUGGUUGCUACUCAGACAAACACUUACUGAGAGACAAGAAAAGCAAAAAGAAGAUGGCGCAGGGUUGUCAGAUGUUCAUGUGGAGGACCAGAAGAAGAAGGAGGAAGAGGAGUCUGAGGAAGGAGGGGAGCCGGACGUCAUGCAGGUCCUCGGGGGCAUGGUGAUGGCUAUGUUGGUCAAAUACUGGAUCUAUAUCUGUGGUGGCAUGUUCUUCAUCGUCAGCUUCGAGGGAACCAUCGUCAUGUACAAGAUCAUCUACAUGAUGAUGUUCCUGUCCUGCGUGGCGCUCUACCAGGUGCACUACGAGUGGUGGAGGAGGAUCCUGAAGUACUUCUGGGUGUCGGUGGUGGUGUACACCAUGCUGGUCCUCAUCGUGGUCUACACAUUUCAGUUCGAGGGCUCGAAGGAAGUCUGGUCAAAUAUGCUGUAUCUAGAUACUGACAGCUUGAAGGACCUGGGUCUGGAGCGAUUCCAUCUGGGCAUGCUGUUCACCAGGAUUUUCAUCCCCACCUCCUUCCUGCUGAUGUGCAUUCUCCACAUGCACUAUUUCCACGAAAGCUUUCUGAAGCUCACCGACCUGCAGGCUGUCGUUGCGAAAGAGCAAAGCACUAUCUACAGCCACACUAAGGUCAAUGGCCGUGUCUAUUUAAUCAUGAAUAGCAUCAAAGAAAAAAUUCCCACCCCGCAGAGCAAACUUGUGGACCAGGAUGGAAGCAUGCCGGACCUCACCAUGCUCAGCGCCAGCUCGGUGGACGCGUCGCUGCCCGGAGACAAGGAGAAGCUGCAGGAGAAGCUGCAGGAGGAUCGGGGGAGCUGGUGCUCGGAGAAGGAGAAGGAGCAGGCCCUGGUGGUGGUGGAUGACAUCGACGUGACCGUUGGGAAGCCCACGGCCUUCAGCGACCACCGGCAGUCCAGCACAGAGGACAGCCACCACUGCAGCACCGGGACCGAGCCAGAGCCCAGCACCGAGCAGAGCUCAGAUCUGAAGAAUAAGUGGCACCUGGUGGUGGACCGUCUGACAGUCCUCUUCCUCAAGUUCCUGGAGUAUUUCCACAAACUGCAGCUGUUCAUUUGGUGGUUGCUGGAGAUCCACAUCAUCAAGAUUGUGUCGUGCUACAUCGUUAUGGUCUCUGUCAGAGAGGUGUCUUUGCUCAACUACGUGUUCCUGGCGUCCUGGGCCUUCGCACUGCCCUACAGCCAGUAUCGACCGCUGGCCUCCAGCGUUUGCACUGUCUGGACGUGCGUCAUCAUCGUGUGUAAAAUGUUAUACCAGCUGGAUUUUGUAAACCCCGAGAAGUACAACUGCACAAUGCCAGCAGGCUACACAGCCGAACAGGAGGAAGAAUUGCGGUCGUCUGAACUGUAUAAUAGCAGCAUGGCUGAUCCAGGCAAAUGGGUGGGACUGGAGAAGGAGAAGGACAAAGACCUGCUGGGCUACCUCAGGAACAACCUCAUGAUGCUGGCUUUGUUGGCAUUCGAGGUGACCAUCUACCGCCACCAGGAAUACUUCCGACUGAGGAACAAACUGUCGGCUCCUGCUGCCAGAAUCAUCUUCCACGACAUCACACGCCAGCACCUGGACAUCGGCAUCAUCUGCUUCGUCAAAUACUUCAUCAACUACUUCUUCUACAAGUUUGGACUUGAGACGUGCCUGCUGCUGGUGGUCAACGUCAUCGGGCAGCGUAUGGACUUCUACGCCAUGCUUCAUGCCUUCGCCUUGAUAGCCGUCAUGUACAGACGUCGGAGGAAAGCCAUCGCCGAGAUCUGGUCCAAGUACUGCUUCUUCCUGGCCUGCAUGCUCACUUUCCAGUACUUCAUCUGCAUCGGCAUCCCGCCUGCCGCUUGUAAAGACUAUCCCUGGAGGUUUCCACACUUAGCUACAGACUCCAACGUGAUCAAGUGGCUCUACAUCCCAGAUUUCCACACGAAGCCCAAUUCAAUCUUUCUCGUUUAUGACUUCAUGUUGCUGCUCUGCGCCUCUCUCCAGAGGCAGGUCUUUGAGGACGAGAACAAGGCGGUUGUUCGCCUCAUGGCCGGUGACAACGUGGAGAUCUGCAGAGACCUGGACGCAGCUUCCUUCAGCGUCCACAACCCCGUACCAGACUUCAUCCAUUGCAGGUCCUACCUGGACAUGCUGAAGGUGAUCAUGUUUAGCUACCUGUUCUGGUUCGUCCUCACCAUCAUCUUUAUCACCGGGACCACACGUAUCAGCAUCUUCUGCAUGGGCUACCUGGUGGCCUGCUUCUACUUCCUGCUGUUUGGAGGAGAGCUGCUGCUGAAGCCAAUCAAAAAGAUUCUCCACUACUGGGACUUCCUGAUCGCCUACAACAUCUUUGUAAUAACAAUGAAGAACAUUUUGUCAAUCCUGGCCUGCGGCUACAUCACCUCUCUGGUGAAGAACCACUGCUGGUUAAUCCAGUUGUUCAGUCUGGCGUGCACCAUCAAGGGUUACAACACAACCGCCACUCAGACAGGCUCCACGUGUGAACUGCCCAAAGAUGAGGCGGGGAUCAUCUGGGACAGCAUCUGCUUCGCCUUCCUGCUGCUGCAGAGACGGGUCUUCAUGAGCUACUACUUCCUCCACGUGGUGGCGGAUAUCAGAGCGUCGCAGAUCCUCGCCUCCAGAGGGGCAGAGCUUUUCCAGGCCACCAUCGUGAAGGCGGUGAAAGCCCGACUAGAAGAGGAGCGAAAGUCUGUGGAGCAGCUGAAGAGACAGAUGGAGCGCAUUAAGGUGAGGCAGCAAAAAUUUAAGAGGGGCAAAGAGAAGAUGCUGAGCCUGGCGCAGGAGUCCGUGGAGGGACAGACGCCCGUCCAGCCCGAGGAGGAGGAGGAUGACGAUGGAGCACAGCGAACGAAAGCCAAGACCAAAAAAAAGCAGUGGUGGAGGCCGUGGGUUGACCAUGCUUCCAUGGUUAGAAGUGGGGACUACUACUUGUUUGAAACCGACAGUGAGGAGGAAGAGGAAGAGGAGGACAAAAAAGACGAGGAGCCUCCAAAGAAGUCGGCAUUUCAGCGAGCGAUCGGGAAGUUUGUCUCCGCUGUUCUGGCUUUACCCAAGUCUGUCAUUAAGUUGCCUAAAACUGUCCUGCAGUAUGUAGUGAAGGCAGGCAAGUUUCUCUACCAAGCCUGGAUCACAGACCCCAAAGCUGCUCUGAAGGCACGCAGCAAAGACAGACGCAAGUUUUGGAAGAAAUACACCAAGAAAGUGAGACACAGAAAAAGCAGGAGCAAAGCAGAUCAUGUGGCCAUAGAGGUCGGCGAGCUAUCAGAUGGACAAGAAAAAGAUGAAGAUGAGGAGAAAAAGAAGUCUGGUGCUCCAGACAACAUCAUCAAGCGAGUGUUCAACAUCAUCAAGUUCACCUGGGUGCUCUUCCAGACCACAGUUGAGAGCUUCACGACCUGGAUGAACGACAUGUGCAGGGAGUACAUCGAUAUCUCCACCGUGCUGCGUAUCGAACGCUGCAUGCUGACGCGAGAGGUCAAAAAGGGCAACGUGCCCUCCAGAGAGAGCAUCCACGUCUACUACCAGAAGGCCAUGAGGCUCAACAUGUCCAGGCAGGCCAGCUUGGAUCAGCUCAGUGAAGACGAUCUCGCCUCUGGCUCCUCCAGGGUACGAAAGAGGCGAGCAGGCUACCGGAUGGAGAGCCAGGACUCCACAGCCUCCAGAGACAGCAUGUCCAGUGCCUACACCGAGGCCACCACGCUCUUUUCUCGCCAAUCCACUCUGGAAGACAUGGAUGCACUUCCAGAGAACAUUCCUAAAACCAGUGAACGUGACAGACCCAAACUGCGAAAGAUGUACAACAUGGACAUGUCCACCUCAUCAGUGGACAGCGGCAGCAGCUUCAUGUCCAGCGAAGCGACCCAGUGCAUCUUCCUCUACUCCAGACAAGGCACCACGGACACCAUAGAGGAAGUGGAGGACGAGCAGGACCAAGGGGAAGACAAGGAUCAAGUUCCCUGGGAAGAGUUUGGGGAGAGUCAGGAGGCUGAGGGCAAAACGGGGAGCGAUGGAGAACCCAGGCAGGGAGAAGAAGGGGAGGACGAAGAGGGACAGGAGGGAUUAGACGUUGAGGAGGAGCUGCAGGAAGCAGGGGAACCAAACGACCAGGAAAGAGAGGAGGGUCCUUGGGAAUCAGUUAGUCCAGAUGAAGGCCCCUCCACCAGGCUGGAAGAAGCAGAACCUGCCCCCUCCGCUCAGGAGAGCGACUUCAUCCCCGAGUGUGAAGACGGAGAAGGACAGCAGGACUUUACACAGACGGAGAGUCAGAGAGGACUGCUCUACACUCCUGAUACGGAUGCUUCCAAAACAUCUGACGCUGACGUGCCUCCCAGCUACAGCAAGGCAGUCAGCUUCGACCGCCUGGAAGUCAGUGACGAUGAAAGCGACACGUGUAGGAAAAGACGCAUGCUUAUGACAUCGGACAGCCGCUCGGACAGCAGGUCGGACAUCAUGUUGCCCUCAAUGACUACUGAGCUGACCGCCAGUGAACUGCUGCUCAACAAGAUGUUCUAUGAUGAAGAGCUGGAGGAUUCAGAUAAAUUCUACCACAACCAGCCUCUGAUCCUGCAGUUCUGCUACGCCCUUUACAACAUGCUGGUGGCACACUCGGAGUUCGUGUGCUACCUGGUCAUCAUCAUUAACCACAUGGUGUCAGCCUCCUGCGUUACCCUGGUCCUCCCCAUCACCAUCUUCCUCUGGGCCAUGCUCUCUGUACCGCGGCCCAGUAAGCGCUACUGGAUGACCGCCAUCAUCUAUACUGAGGUCACGAUUGUCAUCAAGUAUUUCUUCCAGUUUGGCUUCUUCCCUUUCAACCAGGGCAAGGUUCAUAAAAAUAUCCCAUAUUACGCUCCCAACAUCAUCGGCGUGGAGAAGAAAGAUGGUUAUGUGCACUAUGACCUGGUCCAGUUGCUGGCUCUGUUCUUCCACAGGUCCAUCCUGAAGUGCCACGGCCUGUGGGACGAAGACGACCCCAAAAAGAGGCAAGAGGCUGCUCGGAAGAGUGAGUCUGAGGACGAGGGAAGAGACAUUGCUGAGAGUGAGAAAGAGUCCGAACCCGCCUCAUCGCUGAUCAAUGAGCGGAGAGGCUCCACUCACACCAUCAGGUCCAUAAACUUCGGGACGUCUGUGGAUUCAGGACAAGUUCAAGUGCACUAUCCGCAGCCGCAGACCUACCAGCGCCGCAAGAGCUCCAGUGGAGGGUCCCACAUUUCUUAUCGAUCUCGUCUUUCGUCUGCACGAUCUAAGAGAGGAAGUACCACUUCCCACAACAGCAGCCGCAAGGAUGGCAGCCAGGCCGGCAUCCAUCAGAAGACCCGCAAACAGAUGAUCAUAGAGAAGCUGAGGGAGCAGCUCUUCAAAUCGAAAGCGUUCAUCAUAAAGCGGUUUUUGGAGAUUUACCUUCCCAUGAAGCAGUUCUUCUAUAACCUGAUCCAUCCAGACUACAGCGCGGUCACAGACGUCUACGUGCUGAUGUUCCUCGCCGACACCGUGGACUUCAUCAUCAUUGUGUUUGGAUUCUGGGCGUUUGGUAAACACUCAUCAGCAGAUAUCACUUCAUCUCUGUCCGAGGAUCAGGUGCCGGGACCGUUUCUGGUCAUGGUGCUGAUCCAGUUCGGCACCAUGGUCGUGGACCGGGCCCUUUACCUCAGAAAGACUGUUACGGGCAAGGUCAUCUUCCAGGUCAUCCUGGUGUUUGGGAUCCACUUCUGGAUGUUCUUUAUCCUGCCCAGUGUCACAGAAAAGCGAUUCAGUCAAAACACAGUGGCUCAGAUGUGGUAUUUUGUCAAGUGCAUCUACUUCGCGCUGUCAGCCUAUCAGAUCCGCUGCGGUUAUCCCACCCGUGUUCUGGGGAACUUCCUCACCAAGAGCUACAACUAUGCCAACCUUUUUCUGUUUCAAGGGUUCCGCCUGGUACCUUUCCUGACGGAGCUGCGUGCGGUGAUGGACUGGGUUUGGACCGACACGUCGCUGUCCCUGUCCAGCUGGAUCUGUGUGGAGGACAUCUACGCUCACAUCUUCAUCCUCAAAUGCUGGAGGGAAUCUGAGAAGAGGUACCCUCAGCCGCGAGGUCAGAAAAAGAAGAAAGUGGUGAAGUACGGGAUGGGAGGAAUGAUCGUGGUGCUGCUGAUCUGUAUCGUCUGGUUCCCGCUUCUCUUCAUGUCCCUCAUAAAGUCUGUAGCUGGAGUUGUCAACGCGCCGCUGGAUGUGUCCAUUGAAAUCACUUUGGCCGGCUUCCAGCCUAUCUUCACCAUGAGCGCUCAACAGAAACAGCUGCAGGUUGUGACAGAACGUGAUUUUAUGGUCUUCAAGAAAUCCUUCGACAACGAUGAAUCAAGUGAAGCCCUGCAGUGGCUGGAGAACUACGUGUCUCAAGAUCUGACCAUCGCUGGGCUUAAAGGCAGCUCCAACUCUCUGUGGACCAUCAGCCCGCCCAGCAGAAACAACCUGAUAUCCAUGCUGGACUCGGAGGAGGAGUUUCCCAUCACCGUGUCCUGGAGUGUGCAGAGAAACCUAAGUCUUGGUGCCAAGGCUGAAACAGCAUCUGGAAAAAACGUCAAAUAUCUCACCGAGGACACGAAGCAGAAGCUCAUAAUGCUCCUGAACGGGACGGCGAGCCGAUCGCAAGUGACAAUAAAGGAAAUUAUUCCUCGCUACAUUCGAGCCCCCAGUGACUCAGAUGCCAAACCCGUGGAGCAGCUGGGUGAUACGAUGUUUGACAUUAACCUGAAGCUGAUGCGAACCCAGAGCACGUUGGAUCAGGUACAGGAGUGGUGGAUCGUGAACCAGACCGACGCCAGUCCAAUGAAGGAGUUACUAGGUCAGAAGUCUGAGACGGGUCUGGAGGUCUACAUAUUCAGCGACCAGGUCAGCCCGCCCAGUUUAGGCUUCCUGGCUGGAUACGGCAUCAUGGGACUGUACGCCUCCGUGGUUCUUGUCAUCGGCAAGUUUGUGCGUGAGUUCUUCAGCGGCAUCUCCCACACCAUCAUGUUCGAGGAGCUGCCCAACGUGGACCGCAUUCUCAAGCUGUGCACCGACAUCUUCCUGGUCCGAGAGACGGGGGAGCUGGACCUGGAGGAGGACAUGUACUCCAAACUCAUCUUCCUCUACCGUUCGCCGGAGACGAUGAUCAAGUGGACCCGGGAGAAAACUCAGUGACGGCGGACGUUAAUGAAUUAACUCGGAGCUUCUCAGAGACACUCGGCGGUCACUCUGACGGUCUGAGCUCCAAGCAAAGCAACGGAGGAACAGCUUUGCUUCUUCAGCUGAGCUCAGAUGGCAGUGAUACAGUGUUACCUCCACACACAAACGCUUUUAUGAGAUAAAAACUGGUGUCUUUUACUAGUUGAAGAUGAAAAGGGAGCAACAACAACGGUCACAUUAUUUAGCACAAAUUCACAGGUGCUAUAUUUAUCUAGCAAAAGUCUGCAGACGGUGUGUCGCUGGAGAUCUUGAAGAACUCUUUCCGAACACGUGGAGAGUCCCCGUCGCUACUACAGAAGGAGAUUUUUUUAACCGUCUUCACUGCUCUGCAUACCUGCCUCCUCUUACAUGUUUAAAGUUGCGUGGUAGUUUGACAGAUACAUAAAGUGGCUGCAGCAUCACUCUUUAAGGGCUUCCCGAUGACUAAUAUGUGCACAAGAACGACCACAGAAGCACAAUCUCAGAGUUUGUCUAACUGGAACAUUUGAUUCGAGGGGGCGGUGCAAUACUGAGCAAAAAGGCAAUUUUUGACCUAAAACCAUAAGGACACGUGGUUUUCUUUCUUUCUUUUUUUUUUCUAAACGUCAGAGGCACUCCAAAGACGACAGACUUUAUCAGACAAUCUUGCCUUAUUAUUUGUUUCUAUGAGGACAACUGAAACUCAUAACAUACAUAUCUUUCUCAGGAAGAGCUGUUUUCACAGAUAUUCAUUGUAUGUGUUGUAUGUUACCAUAUGUAGGCUUUGAUGGAUCUAAAAGAAUAUGAGACCGCUGAAAAGGUGAGAAUUAUUUAAAUGGCAUGAAAAAUAUGGAUGGUGUUGUUCAGAUGGACUGAUGUUGUGUUUACUGCAGAGGGACAGAAAAUGAAACUUCGUGGACGUUUUGUCUUUGCAGAGAAGACAUCCUUGCCAAUUCUCCAGAUUUCAAUCACCUUACAGGUCGGCUAAUCGAGACCAGCAGAACACUGUUUCUGAAUCAUGACAUCCAUCGGGAGGCAAGACUCCAGCUCCUCGCUGUUUUUGACAUCCACGUAUAUGAAUACAGCGACGUCCGCGGCUGUGGAUUCAGUCAUCAAGGAGAAGAAAAGGGGGAAGAAAAGAGAGAGGAGCACACGGAAAAGUUUCGUCCCACAAAGGGUCGAGACACGGAGCCCUUUGGUCCAAACUAUGCAUUUGAAGUCAUUUUAGCAUGAGUGAUAAACUUCAUUAUUGAUCCAUUUUCAGUACGCGUUCAUAGGGGUUACAUUAAAGGGUCAGGUCACGGAGAAAUGAAAUGUGAACUUGUAUGUAAAGAAGACGUGGAUUCCAGAGAUGUGCAAUUAAACUGUCUGGAAAGAUGUGGAGUUUUUGCAUUUACCUGUUAUUCCUG